UUGUUAAAAAAAAGUUCUCUCUCUCAGAUCCCAUCGUAAAGGAAGAAGCUUUUGGUUCUUCCUGGUCUCCCUCAGGCUUCGUCUUCGAUUUUGAAGGUACAAUUAGGUUAGUAUGAAAAAAAAUUCUAGAGAUUUGAUAAGUAGUUUGCCAGAUGAGCUUCUUGGCAAAAUCCUGUCUUUGGUUCCGACAAAAGAGGCUGCUUCUACAUCGAUCCUGUCGAAGAGGUGGAAGAACCUGCUGUGUCUUGUAGACAGCCUUUGUUUUGAUGAUUCGAUGGUUAUGUAUCCCAGGGAGGAAGGAGCAUCAUGUGGUUCACAUCGCUUCUUAGAUUUCGUGGACAAGACUUUUGCUCUGUUAAACAAUUCUCCUGCUGUCAUCAUCAAGAAAUUAUCUCUGUCUCGCGGACAUGUAUAUGGCAGUCGCUGUCACGCUCAGGCAGCGUGUAAGCAAGAUCAUGUGAAACUUUGUUUGAACCGUUGGAUUUGGACUGCUAUGGAGCGCGGUUUAUUGGAACUACACUUGCACGCUGAAGCUUAUUCUGGUGUUGAUAUAAUGGAAGACUUGUUUACGUGCAAGACAUUGGUUAAGCUCACACUAUCCGGUGACUAUAAUAUUGAAUUCCUCCCGCGUGUUUUGCUUCCAGCGCUCAAAUCACUUUCUAUCUUAUCAGUUCCAGGCAUUGAUUAUUCAGACUAUUGUCGGCUCAUAGAUGGCUGCCCUGUGCUGGAAGACUUGUUCAUAAGUGAUGCUGAUCCUUUGAAUCCGUCAUCUUCUGGUGCGCACGUGGCAAGCGAAUCUAUCAAGCGGCUUGUGGUUUUUGUCAAUCUUCCAAAAUUUGAUCACCCCGAAGUAACUUAUUUGAGAGCACCUAAUCUUGUGCAUCUCGACUAUUCUUGUUAUGUAUCCGAGAAUCAUUGGUUUGUUGUGGAGUCGCUUGUCCAAGUCAGGCUGGAUCUCAGGUUAUGGGACUCAACUUAUGAUUAUGAUUACGAUGAUGAUGAUGAUGAGGCUGCUGCUGCUGCUGCUGCUGAUGAUGAUGAUGAUGAUGAGGAUUCCUUUCAUAAGGAACCAAAGCCAGCUAUAGUUGGUGAUGUUUCACACCUAGUUGCGGGUAUACGCAAUAUUACAACCCUUCACUUGUCUCCUGAUUCCCUUGAGGCUUUUCAUUUCUGCUGUGAAUCCAUGCCCAUGUUCAACAACCUCCUUAAUUUAUCGAUAGAGAGUGACAAGGAAAAAGGUUGGCAAGUUAUGCCACUUCUGCUCAAUAGUUGUCCAAAUCUACUCACUUUAGCCAUCAAGGGUCUUGUGCACAGAAUAACAAAUAGAUGCGGAGAUGUGUGUGCUUGCAUCCCUAAGAAGCCGAAGAAGAUUUUGGAGGAGGAGAAGACAAUAAGCUGUUUAUGGACAUGUCAAGUGAAGGUGCUAGAGAUUUCAGAGUAUGGAGGUUCUUUCCAGGAGCUGAAACAGAUGAUGCAUUUCUUAGGUAAGUUGGAAUGUCUUGAAUCUGUUAAAGUUGGUGUUAACUCGGACAUAGACAACCAGAUUGAGUUCUUGCGAGCUAAUCUACUGACUCUCCCCAAAGCUUCAUCAAAGUGUGACAUCCGUUUCAUCUGAGCUUUUUCUUUCUCUGCUAGAUGCCAAUAUUUUAAACCAACUUAACUCGUGUAUGGUUAUUAUUAUCAAUUAAAUAUCAUUCAAGUUGGUUACAAUUUGUUUCA